AUGUACCACCCUUCAGAGAUGUUCUCACAGUAUGGGGGCUCCUAUCCUCUGCGUCCUCCUCCACCUCCUGGGCCUGGGUAUCCCCAGAGUCAGGCACCCCAGUAUGAAGCCUUCAGAUACCCAGACCUUGAUGCUACCCCCAAACUGGACAGCUUUUUCCCUAGUCUGGACCCUCCAGGACGCCUCCUGCCCCCAGCUCCUGGACUCCCUUAUGCGCCAGGCCAAGCUCUCUCAUCCGGUCCCCCACCAGCUACACGCCUACCCUCUGGAGUACGGAUGAGCCUAGAGAAUGGUGAGCUUUGGAAACGGUUCAGCAGCAUUGGGACAGAGAUGAUCAUUACCAAGGCAGGCAGGCGGAUGUUUCCACAACUGAAAGUUUCAGUAACGGGACUGGAUCCUGAAGCCAAGUACUUGCUGCUAGUGGACGUGGUCCCAGUAGGCGGUUCCCGUUAUAAGUGGCAUGGAAAACGUUGGGAAGCCAGUGGGAAGGCCGAAUUACCACCUCCAGACCGGGUCUACAUUCACCCUGACUCACCUGCAUCAGGUGCUCACUGGAUGCGUCAACCUGUAUCCUUCCACCGGCUCAAGCUCACAAACAACACACUGGAUCCUCAUGGACAUCUAAUUGUUCACUCCAUGCACCGAUACCAGCCAAGGAUACAUGUCGUUGGAACUGGAGGACGCCGUGGCGUAGGGGGCGGUUGUGCCUCCUUCACAUUUCCUGAGACUCAGUUUCUGACUGUCACAGCCUACCAGAACCCACAGAUCACUCAAAUGAAGAUAGAAAGCAACCCUUUUGCAAAGGGCUUCCGGGAGAAUGGCAUGAACAGCAAAAGGGAGCGUGAGGCCAGAAUCAAGAGGAAGAUGAAGGCAAAUGAAUGUGAGGCCACUGUGGGGGAAAAUGACAGCAAGAAAGGUCCCUGUGAUUCUACCCUGACAGAAGAGACGCCUCUGGAGCAACAACAGCCGUCUGGGAUUCCGCAACCUUCCUGCUCCUUCUAUCCUCCAACAGGGACCAAUCCCAGUGGCGCUGAGGCUUAUGUGCAGCAUCCAGCUGCAUUCCACGGUUUGCGAGGAGCAUCAUCCCCCUACAACAGCCCAGGCCAAGAAGCAGCAGCUCCUCCAUCUUCCCCCACUGCCAAGUCAUCUCCUUAUCAAGCAGAUUUCAGAACAAUGCUCCCAACAAGCUGGAAUGGCCUGGAUAUUAUUCCUUUCCUUGGAAAUGCAGAACCACCAGAUGCCUCCUCCUUUCCUCCUUUCAAAUUCAGCUUCACACCCUACCCACCUCCUCCUCAUGUGUAUGGACCUCCCACUGGCUACCCAAGCUCACAGCCACCUAUGCUCUAACACCUGCUCCUCCCACAAAACCUGGAUGCCUGUCCCUCCCCACCCAAAAGUAUUCUUUUCUAUUUUGUUUGCAAUGUUUCAUUAUGACUUCUAUUUUCUUGAUUCCUGUCUGUUUGUGGAAGGGCAGUGGCAAACAUGUUUGUAUCCUACUUAUCUUAUGAUUAAAUCCUUUUAAGGCUUCUCUUUUAUUGUACAUUUGUCUUCUUUUAUGAUAAUGCAAGCAAGCUACAGCACUUAAUUUUCACUGUAAUGUUCUACUUCGGGUUUUUUUCUUCUAGAGGAAAAAAAAUAAAACAAACUGUUUGUAUUUAGUUACACUUGAGAUUAUUUUAAAAAUUAGUUUGAGACAUCUCAUCAAGAGUGUUUCAAG